AAAAAUGUCAUAGUCAUUUUUCUUUGUAGGUAUUCCACAAUUCAGCUAAAAAUAUUGAUGCAGAUCAGAGGAUAACACAUGAUGUGGAAAAGCUGACUACUGCCUUGUCAGGACUUGUCACUGGAAUGGUUAAGCCGUCUGUGGACAUUCUUUGGUUCACUUGGAGGAUGAAGCUGUUAACUGGCCAAAGGGGAGUUGUGAUACUAUAUGCAUAUAUGCUACUGGGUCUUGGUUUUCUAAGGACUGUUGCACCUGACUUUGGUGAUCUGACUAGCCGAGAACAACAACUUGAGGGAACCUUCAGGUUCAUGCAUGAAAGACUCCGUACUCAUGCUGAAUCCAUUGCCUUCUUUGGGGGCGGUGCCAGAGAAAAAGCUAUGGUUGAUUCACGAUUCAGAAUGCUGCUUGGUCACUCUCAAAUUCUUCUAAAGAAGAAAUGGUUGUAUGGUAUAUUGGAUGAUUUUAUCACCAAGCAACUCCCACACAAUGUGACUUGGGGUUUGAGUUUGUUAUAUGCUCUGGAGCACAAGGGUGAUCGCACAUUGACUUCCGCUCAAGGUGAACUAGCACAUGCAUUGCGGUUCCUUGCAUCUGUUAUAUCACAAAGCUUCCUAGCUUUUGGUGACAUUCUUGAGUUGCAUAGAAAAUUUCUUGUACUUUCUGGUGGCAUCAAUAGGAUUUUUGAGCUGGAUGAGCUUCUUGAUGUUGCUCAAAGCGAGGUUCAGUCGCGUGAUACUUCAAUUUCACUUGAGAACAAUGAUGUUGCAGCAGAAGAUAUUAUCUCAUUCUCAGAGGUGGAUAUUAUCACCCCAACGCAGAAGUUGUUGGCUAGGAAGUUGACAUGUGACAUUGUUCCAGGGAGAAGCAUGCUUGUUACUGGUCCCAAUGGAAGCGGUAAGAGCUCCAUUUUCAGAGUGCUUCAUGGUUUAUGGCCCAUUGCAAGUGGAAGACUGACUAAACCAUUACAAAGUAUCAAAGAAAGGGAAAGCGCAAGGUGUGAUGUCUUCUAUAUUCCUCAACAACCAUAUACAUGUUUGGGAUCCCUGAGGGAUCAAAUUAUCUACCCUCUCUCUCAUGAAGAAGCGAAGGUGAUUACAGUCAAGAUGUUUGGACAAGGUGAAAAGUCCAAGGAUGGUGGAUAUAUACUGGACGCACGUUUGAGAUCGAUUCUUGAAAAUGUUCGAUUGAUCUACCUUCUGGAAAGGGAGGGAGGUUGGGAUGCUACUGUGAACUGGGAAGACAUUCUCUCUCUUGGGGAGCAGCAAAGACUUGGCAUGGCCCGCCUGUUCUUUCACAGCCCUAGAUUUGGUGUUCUUGAUGAAUGCACCAAUGCUACAAGCGUUGAAGUCGAAGAGCACCUGUAUAAGCUGGCACAGGAGAUGUGCAUCACUGUUGUUACCACCUCACAAAGACCAGCUCUGAUACCAUAUCAUUCCAUGGAACUGCGAUUGGUUGAUGGUGAGGGUAAAUGGGAGUUACUAUCAAUUAAACAUUAGCUUGCUUUUGCUGCUUUGCUAAAACUAGCUCCUCCAGAUGUGCAAUAUUGUGCGCAGCCAAGCAGGGGUUCCUCUGCAUUGUGCACUAAAUUGAUCAAAAUUUCAAGAGAGAUGUAAGAACAUUCUAUGAGCUGUAAGAACAUUCUAAGUAAUUCCUACAUCAAGGACGUGCCAUGGGGGGCAAAAGCAGAAGCCUGUAAGAACAUUCUAUGAGCUGCAGCGAAAAACUAAAGAGGUGAUGAUGCAGCAUAUAAAAUAUGCCAGUAAUUGUAACAUAUUAAGAAAAAAAUUAUGUACAGGCAUGUGCCAAUUUAUGGUUAAAACUGGGAUGUCAUUAUUUUAUUAGCAUCCCACAAAUAAAAUAUCAAAACUGCUGGCAGUCACCCUUAUUAUACACGACUGUUUUGUGUUAAAUUAUGAUGUAAAGACAUCCAAAUGAAUGUAUAUAUCAUUCUUUUCAAUUAGACGA